AUGGCGUCGGGCACCAAGGGGCCUCUGCAGGGCAGUGGCUCUGCCGCGACGGCCAGCACGAGCCAGCUGCAGCGGGCAGGGCAGCAGGAGGCAGCGGCGGACGGAUGGUGCUCCAUCUGCCUGGACAUCGUGCACCACGCGGCCUACAUUGACACCUGCCUCCACACCUUCUGCCUCGCCUGCAUCCAGCAGUGGGCUGCCUCGAGAGCGGCGUGCCCACUCUGCAGGCAGCCUUUCAGCCGCGUCCUGCGCACGGUGAGGGUGGACGACGACUACCAGGAAUACGUGGUCGGCUCGUCCGCCCGCCGGCAGAGGACGGCGGCCAGGCAGAGGGUGCGCAGCGGAUCCCCACAGCGGCGCUACAACCUGCGCCCAAGGCCCAACAACGAGCCCAACGCUGGGAGAAGGGGGCCUGCGGGGAGGCACCGAGCGGCUCCAAGGACCUCCAACGCCUCCACCCAGCAGGCUGCAGGGGAGCACCCGGCCAGCCCUGCGGAUGGACCCGUCCUCCACUCCAACAUACUGGCGCUGAGAGCACGGCUGAUGGUGUUCAUGGACCUUGCAUAG